AUGGCCGCGAAGUCGGACGGCGGCGGCGGCCCGGCCGUGCUGCUGGAGAGCCCGGGGGGCGGCGGAGGGCGGCGGGACGGGAGCGCGGCCCCCCCGGCGCGCCGGUACCGGCUGCGGGACGGGUGCUGGGUGCUCUGCGCCCUCCUCGUCUGCUUCGCGGACGGAGCCUCGGACCUGUGGCUGGCGGCUCAUUACUACGUGCAGGGUCAGCGGUGGUGGUUCGGGCUCACGCUGCUCUUCGUGCUGCUGCCCUCGCUCGUGGUGCAGCUGCUCAGCUUCAGGUGGUUCGUCUACGACUUCGCCGCCGGCAGCACCAAGGACAGCGCCGGCAGCACCAAGGACAGCGCCCGCGGCCCCCGCGGCUGCUGCCGCCUCUGCGUCUGGGUGCUGCAGGGCCUCAUCCACCUCCUGCAGCUGGGGCAGGUCUGGAGGUACCUCCGCACGCUGUACCUGGGGCUGCAGAGCCGCUGGCAGGCCGAGCACCGACGCCGGCACUUCUACUGGCGCAUGAUGUUCGAGAGCGCGGACAUCAACAUGCUGAGGCUGCUGGAGACCUUCCUGAAGAGCGCACCCCAGCUGGUGCUGCAGCUCAGCAUCAUGGUGCAGCAGAACGACAUCGCGCCCCUGCAGGGGUUCUCAGCCUCGGCCUCACUCCUGUCCCUGGCGUGGAUGAUUGCCUCCUACCAGAAGGUGCUGCGGGACUCGCGGGAGGACAAGAUGCCCAUGUCCUACAAGGGGGCUGUGGUGCAGAUCCUGUGGCACCUCUUCACCAUCGCCGCCCGCGCCAUCGCCUUCGCCCUCUUCGCCUCCGUGUUCCAGCUCUACUUCGGCAUCUUCAUCGUCACCCACUGGUGCAUCAUGACCUUCUGGAUCAUCCAGGGCGAGACGGACUUCUGCAUGUCCAAGUGGGAGGAGAUCAUCUACAACAUGGUGGUGGGCAUCAUCUACAUCUUCUGCUGGUUCAACGUCAAGGAGGGCCGGAGCCGCUACCGAAUGGGCAUCUACUACAUCAUCACGCUGUCGGAGAAUGCCGCCCUCACCAUCCUCUGGUUCCUCUACUACGACCGCGAGACCACCUCCGACUUCAACGCCUUAAUCCUCGUCUGCGUGGUCAGCUCCAGCUUCGCCCUCGGCAUCUUCUUCAUGUUCAUCUACUACUGCCUCUUGCACCCCAACGGCCCCAUCUUCAGCUCCAGCAGUGGGGGCUGCAUCUUCCGGCAGCAGCCGGCCCCGGUGCCGGGGUCCCCGGCGGACGCCGUCACCAGCCCCCCCCGCUCGCUGCCGCGGACUACAGGGGGGGAGCGGGAGGGGGCACCGGGGGAUCGGGACAGUUGUGUGCCCGUGUUCCAGGUGAGACCCUGUGCCCCCCCGGCGCCGGCCGCCCGCGCCCCGCGGACAGAGGGGCCUGUCAUCCGCAUUGACCUGCCCAGGAAGAAGUACCCGGCCUGGGAUGCCCAUUUCAUCGACCGGCGCCUGCGGAAAACCAUCCUGGCGCUGGAGUACGCGUCCCCCAGCACCCCCCGCCUGCAGUACCGCACCCCCGGAGCCCCGCAGGAGGUGCUGGAGUACGAGACCACCGUGUAG